AUGUAUAGAAAUCGAUUGGAGCGCCCAUUUUCGAGACGGUGCUUUCUAUUGGCCAUCUGUAUCAAAGGUAACUCGACAACAGUGAAUAUAUCCAUUGUACAAAGCUAUUCGUGGGCACGCAACUAUGAAUACUGUGAUAGUUCGACCGUGGCUAAUCAAAACUUAAUUGGCUCUAAUACUACAAAGCUACAAUGCACAUCUGGAUGUACCAAUAGUGUUACAGUUAGUUGGUCGAUAACAUCGUUUAUUAAUCUACUGGUUACUGAUGCUGAUAAUGAUUAUAUUCAAUAUCGUCAGACUCGUUUGGCUGAUGGUAUGUGCCAAGCUAUCACUGGCUCUCAACUACUGCCUAAUUGUUCAUUAAUUUUCACACCAACAACCAGUGGUCCAUACGUCGAUCAAUCAUGUGUUGGCAUGAAAGUCGGUGUGCCAUUUGCAAUUACGAUAACUGCUCAAAUCGGUUGUGCAAGAACAGACAUCACUGAUUUCAAUACUGUUUCACCAAUUGAAAUGCUGAAAUCAUCAAGUAUUGUCUCUGUGAGUUCGACAACUUAUUCCAACAUAUAUUAUUCAAUCAAGUCAACUUUAGUAUCAGGCGUCAAUGCUUAUCAAGCUGAUUAUGUAAAAUACUUUUUUCUUGUUACUGGAAUUAUCACUGUUGGUAGAAACAAAUUUCCUGUUUCAAAUCGCAAAACAAACUUUCUUAUUCGUGACUUACGUGAUGAAAUUGCAAAACUUCAUUCACAGCAAUUCGGUAAAGAAAACCAAAGUUUUACUAUCUUUCGGGGACAAGGUCAUGCGAAAUAUUCUGCAGCAAGAGUUGAUACUGUUGGAAUUCUAUUCAACAUGACUACAAACACAUCAACAUCGUCCACAACUUCUGCAGGAAUCUAUCAAAUUAGUUAUUUUAACGUCGAACAAGAAGUUCUUUUUUCCAUGCAUACAAAAUUUCGCAUUGCCGACAUAAAUAAACUAUCUGACAAAAAACGAGUUUAUGAAGUGCAAUUAGCAUUGACUAGUAGUGAUACUGAUCAACAGUUAAACACUUUAACGAACAAGAUUCGAGAAGAAACCUCGCCGAAGGCGAAAGAUUGGUACUGA